AAAUAUAUUUCUCUUUUUUUCCCACAGGUAAAAAGAUGGCCUACCAGAAGGUCAGUGCAGAUCAAAGAGCUCCAGGACACUCACAGUACUUAGACAAUGAUGACCUUCAAGCCACUGCCCUUGACUUAGAGUGGGACAUGGAGAAGGAACUGGAGGAACCUGGUUUUGACCAGUUCCAGUUAGAUAGUACUGAGAAUCAGAACCUGGGACAUUCAGAGACUGCAGACCUUAAUCUUGAUUCCAUUCAACGAGCAACUUCACCAAAAGGAAGGUUCCAGCGACUUCAAGAAGAGUCUGACUAUGUUGCACAUUAUCAAAGAUCUGCACCAAAGAGCAUCCGCUGCAACUUUUGCUACCUUUUAAAAAUAUUUUGCACAGCCACCAUUUUAUUUAUUUUUGGAAUUUUGAUAGGUUAUUAUGCACAUAAAAAUCACCCUUCAGAUGCUACAUCUUCAGGAACAGUUGAUCCUCAGUUAUACCAAGAGAUCCUUAAGACAAUCCAAGCAGAAGAUAUUAAGAAAUCUUUCAGCUCUAGUGAAAAGGCUGAUGAAUAUGAUUACUUUGUGAAUGGAACAUCUGAGACCCUGAAAGAAAACAUCCUGGGAUGGCAUGGGCCCAAGUCACAUUCCACAGAGCAGCUGAAAAAUGGGACACUUGGCUCUUUGCCAUCAGCCAGUGCCAACAUAACCUGGGCGAUUUUACCAAACUCCACUGAAGAUGAAGCGACCUUAACAGAGCCAGAGCAGCUGCCAUGGGUGAAUUGUAAGCCUAUGAAUGAAGACUCUCCUAUUUCCAUUGAAAUGGGAGUCAUUUUAACUUCAAGUGGGAGAAAUUCUAACAGACCCAUUAAAAUGAUGCCUGUUGAGAUGAUGGGAGCAGUUACAAUAUAUCAUGUUGCUCCCCUGAAUAAUGGCUUCGUGGUGUGGCUUGUGCUAAUACAAGCUCCUGCCACACAUGCUCGACUCCUGCAUGCUACUCAACCAGGCCAGGACCUGGGGGGCAGUGGUAAAGCUCCUGCAGGCAGUGUGCUGCAGCUUGGGUUCAGGCUGCAGAGGGUAGUUUCCCUUCCUUGUCAAGGAGGAGGAGCAACCCUGGCAGAUCCUGAUGACCAGCCGGGCUCUGACAGGCUUCGUGGACCAUCAUCUGCCCUCUUGGCCCAGCUCUCCUAA